UACAAAUCCAACUCGACGUUCACUUUGCCAUUCGUGGUACAAUGUACACCCGCACAUUGGAGUGGAGCUUCGGAAUUGCCAGCUCCCUAGAUCCAUCUUGGCCUCGUGUUUUUAUGUAGACAUUGCAGUUAUAUUUUAGUCAUUAUACCAUGGACAGUAAAGAUGCAGGAGCAACUAGUGGAAACCCCAGCGCGUCUGUCAACACACCCCCUCCAGCGGAUCAGCUGAUUGCGGAAAGUGGAACCCUGCUGCAGCGACUGGCAGGAUCUGUCAGUGAGAUCCUGACGAGUCCUCUGAAUUUGAGCCUUUUGGCCGUUACCUUUUAUCUGAUCUACAAGAUUAUUCAGGACCGUAGACGGGCAAAUGCCCCUCGGCCUGUGCGUCCGCCUCCCUUGCCCAAAUUGCCCAAAAAGGAUUACACUCUGGAAGAACUGAAAGUCUUCAAUGGCCUGGGUCCCGAAGGUCGCAUCCUUAUGGCUGUUAAUGGGAAAGUGUUCGAUGUUACCAGAGGCAAAAGUUUCUAUGGCCCAGGUGGUCCGUAUGGGAUUUUUGCGGGAAGAGAUGCAUCGAGAGGUUUGGGUACGUUUGCCCUGGAUGAUUCAGCGGUGCGGGACACGUACGACGACCUGUCGGAUUUGACGCUGGAUCAGAUGAACACGGUUAAGGACUGGGAACAGCAGUUUCAAGAUAAGUACCAUCUAGUUGGUCGUCUGCUGCGACCAGGUGAGGAGCCAACGGACUAUGCUCUGGAGGAAGAAGAGGAAGCCAGCCAGAAAUCUGCGGCGGAUAGUCUCGAAAACAAGACUAAAUGAGCCAAUUGCUUCAAGUUCAAGCCUUGGUGACGGGCCAUAAUUGCCAUUUCAUAUGCAAGCACAUGCCAUGAUGCCGAUCUUUUCCGAUUCCAUGCUUAACCUUAAGUAAUUUUUGGUAUUUUCGCGGGUUUUUUGGUAUUGGGUUCUGGGGUAAAUUAUUUCGUUUGUAAGCAGCUUUCUUGUCAUUCAGUCGUACUCGACGCAUGGAUCAGGUUAAUUGUUUUUUGUUCAAGAUUUAAGGUUUUGAAAUGAUUUUUAUCCGUUAAGGAAAAUCACGUUUCGAUGUUUGUUUUGUCGAAAACGUGGAACAAAAACUAUGUCGCAAACCCAACAAAAUGUCAGCUCAACUG